AUUUUAUUUUAGUAAAUUCACUUGAGGGCGAAAGGUGGGAUAUUUUUAAACCUAGAAGUCGUAGACCUUCCAAAACACUAACAGCACCGCCAUCCGCAAUUACAAGCAGUCCCCUUCUCCCUCUGCCAUUAAAAUAAAAUAAAAUAAAAACCUAACCCUAGAAAUCCAAAACAACAAGAGUCCCAACAAGUAAAGGAUUAAGAAGACAUCGUGGGAGUGGGAUACUGAAGCCGUCGAUGCUUAGUUUUGGUGGAGUAGAAGAGGAUCAGAGAGGGGGUGCUUCCAAUAAAUGCUCUCUCUGUAUCUCCUCUUCGAAGUUGCUUCCUCUUUCAUGUCUUCUUCAAUCACACCCUCUUUAUUCUUUGCUCAUUCAGGGUCUUCUCAAGCCCUAGGCUUUCAUCUUUGCUCUAUACCUUUCCUUUACUCUCAAUCUUCUCCUUUGUAUAAAACAUGACUGAUUCUAAGGUAUUCGUUUUUGGGUCCUUCACUGAAGAUGAAACAAGGUCAUUGCUGUCAAAGCAGUCAUCUGGGAAUUCUGAAAAGCCUGUAGCAACUAAGGAAUUGCAAUUUGGUUCUUUCAAUGUUGCAGCUGGAGGAUCUUUGGGCAGUGCCAAUGGUAAUUUAAGCAACAAGCCAAGUUCCACAAAUGGGUCAAUUGAAUUUUUAUCCUCAACUUCUCGAAUAGAAGAUGGAAAAAGUAGAAAAACAACAACAGAUCAUUCCUUGAACACGCUUCAAACUCCAAAAGAAGCUGGAAGUGCAAAUAGUUCCAGCAGUAGUUGUAGCCUCAGUAAUGGUGUAAAACAGCUGAAUGCAAAAGGCAUUGAUGUAACUUCAUUUCACUUAUCCAUAAAUGAACUCAAUCCCUUGAGUGAUUCUCAGAGUUCAAAAUUUCAUGUCCUUGAGAGCGAAAUUAUAGAGAAUAGAGAUCAGAACGGGACUGUUGAUACUUCAUUAGGAGGCUCUGUUCGAGGAGACAUUGCAAAAGAAGAGAAGGAUCCAAUUAAAGUUGUUAAAAACUUAGUACCACGAGGCUUGAUUAACUCUGGAAAUUUAUGUUUUCUGAAUGCCACUUUACAGGCUCUAUUGUCAUGUUCUCCUUUUGUCCAGCUCUUGCAGCAACUUAAACUUCGUAAUAUACCCAAGGUUGGCUAUCCAAUAUUAACUUCGUUUGCAGAGUUUGUAUCUGACUUCGAUGUCCCAUCCAGUGAUUCUAAAUUGAAGAAAAAGGAUACAGCAGUUCUUGAGAUUGGAAGACCUUUCAGCCCUGUCAUGUUUGAAUCUGUACUUAAAAGUUUUACUCCUGAUGUGCCAAAUAGCAUAUCUGGUAGGCCAAGGCAGGAAGAUGCUCAGGAGUUUUUAAGUUUUAUCAUGGAUCAAAUGCAUGAUGAAUUGGUUAAGCUUCAAGGGCAGUCCAGUAGCUCAAAUGGGGUCAGAUCAUCACUAGUUUCGUAUGCAGAAGAUGAUGAAUGGGAGACAGUUGGACCAAAAAACAAAUCUGCAGUCACUAGAACUCAAAGCUUCCUUCCUUCAGAGUUGAGUGAUAGUUUUGGAGGACAGUUGAGAAGUGUGGUGAAGGCAAUAGGAAAUAAAGCUUCUGCUACUGUUCAACCAUUUCUAUUGCUGCACCUUGAUAUCCAUCCUGAAGCUGUUCAUACUAUUGAGGAUGCACUUCACUUGUUCUCGGCACCAGAGUUUCUUGAGGGUUAUCGUGCAUCGACUGCUGGGAAGUGUCAGGCUGGUGUUGUCACUGCCAAAAAAUCUGUCAAGAUACAGACACUUUCGAAGAUAAUGAUUUUGCACCUGAUGCGUUUUAGCUAUGGUAGCCAGGGGAGUACUAAGCUGCAUAAGCCUGUACACUUCCCUCUUGAGCUGGUAUUGGGUCGGGAACUACUUGUUUCCUCAUCCACCGAGGGCCGAAAAUAUGAACUUGUUGCUACAAUAACACAUCAUGGAAGAGAGCCCUCCAAGGGGCAUUAUACGGCUGAUGCUCGAUACCCCAACGGCCAAUGGCUGCGUUUUGAUGAUGCCUCUGUCACAGCCAUUGGGACAAGCAAGGUGUUACAUGACCAAGCAUAUGUUCUUUUCUACGAACAAAUGUAGAAGUCGUCGCUAUUUUACUCCUUGUUCGCAUGAUAUUCACCCGAGUACUAUGGCGCCUGUUUGCUAAUAUCAUCAUUACAGAAUUGGCUCCUUGAUUUUUCCUUCCCUUGUAACAGUUAGUCACGCUUUACCUUCAAAUGGAUAAGUUAACUGCAGCCCAUAUAUAUACAUAUAUAUAGGUUUAUGUAUUGAUAAUCAAACUGUUGAGAAAGUACUUAAAAUUUUUCUAAUGUUCUUGAACUACUAGUGAUUAUUAUUUUUGUUUUAGUUUUAUUAUUACUGUUGUUAUUACUAUCAUUAUAAGACAACUGCCCUUUUAGGUAUAUAGAAUAAAUAUGCAUGUAUACAAUAAAUAGGACAUACACUAUUAUAUUCUUAUGUAUACAUGUAUAUAACAAGGCCCUCUAUUGUAAUUUCGUUGUUGAUAACCUUUUAUUGUUGUCAUUGGAGGGAGUGAUAAUAUAGCCAAGGUUUUGUAGAAUAAUAAAUUUAGACGAGAAUGAUUAGGUUUUAUUUAUUUAAUAAUUUCCAAUAAUAAAUUAGUAGAAUAAAUUCUCGAAUACUAGGUUUAGGGUUUAUAUAUGCUUCUAUUUUUUCCCUAAUUUCUUUGUUUAACUAAGGAGAGCUGCGUACAAAAGUUGAUUCCAAGUAUCAGUAAGGCCAGCAACACACCAAUGGGUGCAAUCCAUCCCCUUGAAGGCAUUGUAAGAGCUAGGGUGUGCGUCUUUUCUUAGCUGAGAUAAAGCUGUAAUAUCCAACAAAUGAACAGGUUUCUUGAUCUUACUUAUCACAUCUUUAACCACAUAUGCUGCCUCAGGCAACCCAACUGGAUAAGCUGAUGAUCCAUUGAAUGGUUCCAUCUCCUUGAAGCAAUUUCUCACCCCUGGCUCAUUCCAUUCCG